UAGAAUAAAAUCGCUGUACUUUAAAACAGUUGACGACAAGAUGAAAAACUUCUGCGCAUACGAAGCUAUUUCUCUUGAAUAAAGGUAAAAUAGUGAGUCGAAAACUUAGAAAAUUGCGGCCAACUUUAUAUUAAUAAACAGAUUUGCAGUUAUUUCUUUGUAUCAAAAUUUAUUUUUGCUUAGCAAUUUUUUGCGUUGAAAAUACCGGUGUCAAGUGGUAUAUCAAUUAUUCUGGUCGAUUCCAUUCUACAUUAGAAAAAUAUGCCAGAAAACGUGUUGAACGGAGAUCAUGUGGACGUAAAGGGUACGAGUUGUGAGGUGCAGGAGAAUGAAGAUGUUAAUACAGAAAAUGAUGUGCACUUUGAACCAAUCAUAUCUUUACCUCUAAUAGAGGUUUCCAAUAACGAAGAAAAUGAAGUAGAGAUGAUUAAAUUAAGAGCUAAACUAUAUCGUUAUGAGUCUGCGAGUAGUCCACCUGAAUGGAAAGAACGUGGUACCGGAGAAGUUAAACUAUUAAGACAUAAGACGAAGAAUACAGUUAGAGUGGUAAUGCGCAGAGACAAAACAUUGAAAAUAUGUGCUAAUCAUUUUGUCACUCCUUGGAUGGAAUUGAAACCAAAUUGUGGUAGCGACAGAGCUUGGGUUUGGAGCGUUCUUGCUGACUUUGCAGAUGAAAAACUUAAACCAGAAUUACUUGCAAUACGUUUUGCAAAUGCUGAAAAUGCAUCAUUGUGGAAAGAUGCCUUUGAAAAAGCAAAAACUAUAGUGAGAUCUGAAUGUAAAAUUUACGCUGGCAAAAGCAAUCCUGAAAUUAAGCACGUCGAUAGUGAUAGUGAAUCCUGCAGUGAUGUAAGCUACAGUGGGAGUACUGACAACGAAGAACAAACAAAAGUUCGCAAAGAGGUUUCUAAAGAAUCUGUGGAAAACAUCAAAGUCGUAGAAAAUACAGAGGAUGUAACUAAAGGACUUGAAAAUUUAGAAGUACAUGAUCAUUCAAAAAAUUAAUAAGAAUAUGAAAAUCUAAUGAACUUUCAAUAGUGCAGGGGUAAAGUGAAGUUAAUAUCCAUAUGGCACAUUCCAAGCAAUAUGCAAUAUUUAUGCAUGCAUGUACAUGCAUAUAUAUGUACAUGUAUGCAUUCAAUAAUACACUACCAAUGCUUAUAAGAGAGAUUCAGGAACGAUUUUAUAGACAAAUUUUUAGAUUCGAAACAAACUAAAAUAUAUCUUCGCUUUAUUAAUAAGGUGUUGUUUAUAUAAGAAUGUUAUACGCUGCGAGUUUUUUAAUCAAGAGUAGAUGAAGGGAGGGAGGGACGAUAACAUUUAUACAUGAAAAUGUUUAUCAAUAGAAAAUUUAUAACCCGAAUACAUGUAAAAACAACAUAAAUUUACAAACUUGAUAUUUAUAUAUACAAGGAGUGAAAUUUCAAUUUGUGACAGUACUUUGUUCAAAGAUAUUUUAUACAUUACUAUUUUAAUUAUAAAAUAAAAUUCAAGUUAACAAGUAUAUGAAAAUAAAGAGGGAGGAUUACAAAUAUAUAUUGUAUAAGAGAAUAAUGGAGUAAAUUAUUCAUUACUUUGGAAA